CCCGGGGCUUCCAGUGGGUCCCGGAGUGUCCGCUGAAAAAUGAACAAUAGUUCAGUUUAAGUGAGCGAGCCGGUGUGUGUCCAACUCCGUCCCGCCAGACUCCGUUUACACUUCUGUCAGUUUUCCAUUUCUUCUCCUGGUCCCUGCGUGUACUUCCUGUGUACUUCCUGUGUACUUCUUGUGACCUCUGACCCUGACCAUGGUGGUGAGGGAGGUCCCGGUUGAAAACAUUGCCCGUCCUCUGGGUAGGAACGAGGUCAUCGGCCUGCUCUUCCGGCUCACCAUAUUUGGAGCCGUCACCUACUUCACCAUCAAGUGGAUGGUGGACGCCAUCGACCCCACCAGGAAGCAGAAGGUGGAGGCGCAGAAACAGGCGGAGAAGUUGAUGCGUCAGAUCGGCGUUACAAACGUGAAACUCUCUGAAUAUGAGAUGAGCAUCGCCGCUCACCUGGUCGACCCUCUGAGCAUGCAGAUCACAUGGAGGGACAUUGCCGGGCUGGACGAGGUGAUCACAGAGUUGAAGGAGACGGUUAUUCUACCUGUUCAGAAGAGACACCUGUUCCAGGGAUCCAGACUGCUGCAGCCUCCUAAAGGGGUGCUGCUGUACGGGCCCCCGGGCUGCGGUAAAACGCUGAUCGCCAAGGCGACGGCGAAAGAGGCGGGGUUUCGUUUCAUCAACCUGCAGCCGAGCACGCUGACGGACAAAUGGUACGGAGAGUCCCAGAAGCUCGCCGCCGCCGUCUUCUCACUGGCCGUCAAACUGCAGCCGGCAAUCAUCUUUGUGGACGAGAUCGACUCGUUCCUGAGGAGUCGCUCCAGCUCGGACCAUGAAGCCACGGCCAUGAUGAAGGCUCAGUUCAUGAGCCUGUGGGACGGCCUGGACACCGACCACCACUGUCAGGUGAUCAUCAUGGGAGCCACGAACCGUCCCCAAGACCUCGACUCUGCUAUUCUGAGGAGGAUGCCCACCAGGUUCCACAUCAACCAGCCUAGCAUGCAGCAGCGAGAGCAGAUCCUCAAACUCAUCCUGGAGAACGAGAGCGUCGACCUGUCAGUCGACCUCCUUGACGUCGCUAAGGAGACGGGCGGAUUCUCAGGAAGUGACCUCAGAGAGAUGUGUCGCGACGCAGCGCUCCUCUGUGUCCGAGACUUCGUCCACGCUCAGAACGACAGUCCUUCAGAGGACUUCAUCCGUCCGAUCCAUCAGGACGACCUUGAGAAGGCGAUCGGUAAGAUGAAGAAAUCAAAGAUGGCGGGCGGUCAUGGCGCCCUGCUGCACGCCGCUCUGGACUGAACACACACACACACACUUUAAAAUCAUCGUUACACCUGCUGCUGUUUUAUACUGUAAAUAAACUCAAGUAUUAAAGGAACGGCUCUGAGUACUACAUUACCCAUGAGCCUCAGCAGAGUAUAAAACUGCUGCUCUCUAAUCAAAAAGGGAAUUUAUCUAAAUUGCUGAUUUUCUUCCAUUGAGUUCUGCAGAUGAACUUUCUCCUUAUUGGUCUUUUAUUGUGAAAAUCCUCCCUCCCACAGGUCUCUUAUUUCUUAAUAAUUUCACAGGAAGCUUCGUGAUUUUUCCUUAAGUUAGUAAGAAAUGUAAAUAAAUAAUAUUGUUAGUUAAUGAAGAUGGAUUGUAAACAAAGUGAAUUUACUGAUUAAAGAUUCAAAUAUGAA